CGUUGUGCGCCAUCUUGAAAUUACACCCGCAGUCAGUCGGGUCGCUCCCAGAAAUUAGCAGAGCACAACAACUCCUUCCUCCAGCGGGACGGUGUCGGGUAUGAACGGUUCCCGAAACAAACCGACACAGACUCUCAGCAAGGGACCGGCGGACACGGACAGCGGCUCGGAGGCGACCCACAGGGAGCGAAGGACCGGCGGAGGCAUGCUGAAGAAGCUGAAGUCGAGGCGCAGUCAAACGGAGAAGUGGCCUGUGGUCACCGAGGAUGAACUCCGGGCUCUGGGAAGAGAUAUUUCCCCGGAUCAUGUCCUGGGUCUGCGGGCUGUCACGGAGGACUAUCUUUGCAAACCUGAAGAUAAUAUCUACAAUGUUGACUUUACUCGGUUCAAAAUCAGAGAUCUGGAGACGGGGACAGUCCUGUUUGAGAUCGCCAAGCCUCCCAACAGUGGUCCAAUGGAGAGUGAAGAGGAGAGUCCAGAUAUUGACACCAGUGCAGGGCGAUUUGUCAGAUACCAGUUUACACCAGCCUUCCUAAAACUGCGUACUGUUGGUGCAACUGUGGAGUUCACAGUGGGUGACCGGCCAAUAAACAGCUUUCGUAUGAUUGAGAGGCAUUACUUCCAGGGGCGCCUCCUUAAGAACUUUGACUUUGACUUUGGCUUUUGCAUUCCUAACAGCCGCAACACAUGCGAACACAUUUAUGAGUUUCCACAGCUUCCAGACGACCUCAUUCGCCAAAUGGUGGAGCACCCUUAUGAGACCAGAUCAGACAGUUUCUACUUUGUGGACAAUAAACUCAUCAUGCACAACAAGGCAGAUUAUGCCUACAAUGGUGGUCUGUAAUACCAGAAGGGGAAAAUGUGUGCAAUACCUCCCAGGAGAUUGAGUUCUUGGAUUACAUCCAUCCAAAAGCUUCUUUUCGGUGGACAGAAGUAUUCUCUCCUUUAUCUACAUUCCUACAAACGUGAUGACAACUUCGUAUUCAACCGACCACAUCUGCCUUGUUAUGAAAUCAUGGAUCCAUUCAUCUGUACCUCACAGAGCUCAGUUUCUUGGACUCUGAGGAAUGUUCUGUUAAAUAUUUCUCUGUUAAAUCUGACUGAAGCCUUUUUGUUCUGUCUUUGGGUUUGUCUUACAAGUAUCAUGUUACUGCUUGAACACUUCUGCCUUAAGUUUCUCUCUGUCUCUGCUGGAAAGGGACACUUUUGAGUCGCAGACCUCUCAUGACAAAGCUUGUAGACUGUGUUAGUUGUUACUUCAUUUAGUUAAAUACAUAGAUGCUAUCAAUGGAGGCUUAUUUGAGCUACAUUUUACACAUGAUAGUUGUGUUUCCUUUGUGUAAAUGUGAGAAUUAAGUAGUUGAUUUACAGUAUUGUUAGUUAUAGAUGAUCAUGUAGCACUAGUUGACAUUAAGGUCCAUUUUUCCUUAAAUAUAUUAUCAGUUGUGACUCAUUGGGACUGUUUGUGUCAGAUAUUUAUGCUUGGUGUCCAUUUUAUAUGAUGCAUUGUUUGGCCGACCAAUCUCUUUAUUUAGGAGAACAUUUUAUUACACAACAACAGGAUGUGCUCAGUUUCAUAAUUUCACGUGUCAUCUUAAUUCUGCUGUCAUUCUGCAUUUUGCUGUCAACUUUAAAUCUGUUGUUCUGUCAGACUUUGAGACAUACAAAUAGGACAAGACAGCAGGACAAUCAGAGUUACUGGACUUGACACAUGUUGCUUUAAACGCCGUCCAUGCCUAAAACGAUUUAGUCUGGCUGAUUUCAUCGUGUAAUCACAAGGUUAUUUAAUCCCCUGAAGUCGACUUUCCUGUUUUAUUCAGCACUGUGAAUCCCACUCAGUUGGAGCUGAGUUUAGCCACAGUAAACGUCUGCUGUGCAUUCAGGCCCUCAGUCUACCAAUGAAAUACACACUAGCACACUACAUGACAGAACAGAGUGAAAUAACUUGGUAGUUGUAGAACCUGGCCUGUCUCUUUUUCUGUUCAUGGAAGCCUUGUGGUGGUUUUACAUACUUACUCAGAUAUAUAUAUUUGAACAUUUUUUUUGCCUUUAUUUGAUAUACAGAUUGAGUGUGAAGGGGUGGGGGGGUGACUCACAGCUAAGGACUGCAAGUUGGAAUUGAACCUUCAGCCAUUGUAGAGGACUGAAAAGGUGAAGUGUUCUAUCUGGUGCCCCAAAAUUAACUUUUUCAUAAGUCUCCUAUUAAGUUUGCUUGUACAAUAUGAUACAACUUUUCACAGCAGCCCUGCUAUAAAUCCUACCUUAGAUUUCUAUUUGUCGUUGACACCCGCAGAGAGGAGUUGAUUCACUUGAAUCAUUCAGGAGGCAGUGAUACUGUAAAAAUGUUUUGCAUUUAGUGAUAGAUGUUCCUAAAAUCUGCCAAGAGUGAUGGUUUUGCAAUGAACAGUCAUGUCAAAUGCCCAUAACCCAUUGCACACACUAACAAUGAAGAGUUUGAAAAUGGUCCCAGCCUGCAACAUCAUUUUCAGUCUAAAUGUCCACUCUGAUUAGCGUGCUCAUUCCUUUGAUUUUCAUAUUGUACAUAAAUGAAUGGAAAUCAGCAGCUACCUUAAAGGCUGGAAAUAAUUCUUAAAAAAUUGUGAAUGGUCAGAAUUUGUAACAGUGGCAUGUGUAAUCUGUAGUUAAUCAGUCAACUCAUGCAAGAGCACCAGACCAGUCUGAAAAUCUUUCUACAUAAAGGAUCUGGGUUUCCUUUCACUGUACACUGCAGUACCACAUCCAGUUGCUUUGUAUCCAGAUGAUCAUCAUCACCCAGGUGUUUUUUUUAAAACGGUUUUUAUACCUUGUGCUUGAUCCAGUUGUGAGGCAAACACUACAAUGCUUCUCUCACCCAUAUGCUGAAUUGACCUAUUAAAAGCAACUGUGCCAUGUCGCAGCAACCCACUGUCCUGCCAUGUGAGACACAGGGGACUUAGUGCAGGAUAGGACAUUUCAUAGACUCAUCAUAUGUACUUUAUUUAAAAACUUUAUAUUUUACAGUUUGAAUAAUCAGUGACAUCUCAUUGUGAAGCCCGCACUCAAGUUGGACAUCAGGCAGACAUUUGGACAGCCAUGAUCUUUGCCCUCUGCCCCGAUACAAUGUUGAGUUAUUUGGACUUAAUGGAUGUCCGUCAAUUGUCUUGCUCUUUGGUUGUUGUAGCUGAGAACAUUACCUUGUUUUGCAAUGCGGUAUCAGUCAAUGGAAUUUAUCUUAAAGCCUGAUCAUCUAAGCACACUUUGUUUAUCCUCACAAACAUGACUGAGUCACUACAUGAGUGACACAAAAGGUUGGGGAUCCAAACUGUCACUCAUUGCACAGAUUCCUCUUUUUACAUGGGCUGCUUUGACAAAUGAUACACCGACAUCAUAUCAGAUGUAUCGCUAAUAAAAAUGUCCUGUUCACUUUGAAAACCCAGUGCUCUUUAUGAGCAGAUUAUCAGGGAUGUUGGGAGCUUAUCUGUCUUCCAGCUGGUAUCACAAUUGAAUCAAAGCAGGUGAUCUGAGAAUGUGGCCUGUUCUGGACACCAAACAAUGUCUGAAUGAAUGUGAAUUUCAGUGUAAUUGUAGCAAGCUGAACAUUCGAAAACAAACAGGAUUUUUUUUUAUGUGACAUUACUCCAACACCAUUUCUUUUUCUGUGUCGUUGUUUUUUUUUUUACUGUUCAUGGAAUGAUGAUAUUUUGCACAAGGUUUUUCAUCAUCUUUGACUCCGGCUGUAAUUACAAUGAGGAUGCUAAUAAACCUACUUAGCCUGA